AUGGAUUCUGAUAUAAAGGAAGAGUUCCAAUGCAACAUCUGCCUUGGGGUUUUAAUUGAGCCUAGGCUGCAUAUUCCAUGCAAGAAAAAUUUCUGUUCAGAGUGCAUAAAGAAUGUAAUUACAUUGACAACAUCUCCAUGUCCGAUUUGCCGUUCACCUCUGACGUCGGAUCAGUUCCGAUUUCAAAGUCAGCUUUGGGAAAGCAUAAAAUCAACGAAUUUCGUAUGUCAAUGUGGUGCAAUUUUACCUUAUGUAAAUUAUAAUGAUCAUUUAGCUGUUUGCAGCCAUAUUCAGCAUUUAAUUAAAAAAGCUAGCCAAGAAAUUCCGAAGCCUAGCGAGCCUGUUAUUAAUAGAUGGACUUAUUCAUGCCCUUGCUGUGAUUUAAGUCAUUUUGAUAGGGAGUCUUUAUUAAUUCAUGUAGAUAAUGAGCACCUUGGGAUGUCCGGGGUUUGCACGAUAUGCAAAGCAUUACCAUGGGGAGACCCUGAAGAGGAAUUUCCUGAUAUAUGUGACCAUCUGCAGACAAGUCAUCAGUUUGAUUAUGAUAAUUUUGCAGUAAAAAUUAUAUAGGACUUUACUAUGAACGAGGAUGAAAUGCUAGAGCAAGCUUUGCAACAAUCACUAUACGAAUAA